AUGGGGAAGCCAUACCAGCCGUCCUGCUCUACGGUUUCAUCAGAAUGGUCUGACACUCCUGUCGUUCACAAGGCGACUCGAGAUGUCUCGCAUCUGAGCGAGACACUUCCUACCAGUCGACAGACAGUUCUUGCCGAUCUGGGCCAUGCGGUUCCCGAAGUCUCUGUCGCAUUUUUCUUCGAGAGCGUCUGUCCACGGAUAUCUUCGCGGGACGAUUUGCUUGUCGACAAAGUCUUAUCGAGACUGACGACGGGUUCGAACACGAUCAUCGAUGAUGAGACUGGCCGAUGGAUGGAUUUCGUAGUCUCUCCAAGCGAGUCAUCUCAACGCGAGGAUCUGACGUUCAAGCCUCUGGAGGAUUUGAUUAAAGUUAUUGGAGAUGCUGCCGUGAAUGAAGACCCCGAUUUUACACCUCAUUUCGUGUUCGAGAAUUCGCCUUACGUAUCACCUGCGUCGGACCAUUGGAACUCAUCUUCACGCCCCGACGGAUACUUUCGUGUUCGUGGCUCAGAGCAAGAGGGGGAGCAGAUGGCGCCUCAUUGGAAGGACAUUGCAUUGAGUGCAGAAUACAAGAAAUACACUUUGAAGGAGACAAGGGACGACGUAGUGGCUAAGGUGAUCUGGGGGAUGCGCCACUCAAUGAGGGAAGAUCCACGGAGACGAUUUACGUUUGGGCUGACGAUAGAAGAUUCAGAAACGCGGCUGUGGUAUGCGAGUCGGGCAGACGUGAUGGUGACGGAAGCAUUUGACUUCUUGAAGGACUAUAGAAGUCUUGUUCACCUAGUAUUAGCAUUCUUGAGCGCCGAUUUUCAGGAUGUCGGAUAUGAUCUUACGAUGGCGGCCCUCUUGGACGACAAGGGUAAUGCUCUGCUCGACCCCGAUAACAAGCCUCGAUUUGACAUCACCGUGCAUGCGGAGGAUGGCUCGGAGACUAUCUUCCGUACGAUGCGUCUUAUUUCUUUCAUUGGUACAGCAGCAUUGCAGGGGCGGGGUACACGGGUGUGGGAGGCAAGACGAGUCAAAGCUGGCAAGGAGAGUGGUGAUCCUGUCGUCCUGAAGGACUGCUGGGUCGACUCCGAUCGGUUUCGAGAAGGCACAGUCAUGAAGAUGAUUCGACAAUCUGCUGCCAACGACGAGGGCCGCAAGGUGCUCGACGACCACCUCUUGACUGUAGCUUGUUCUGGCGAUGUACAUGUGAAUAGUGGUGUGGACGACCAUACACGGGACUUGAUGACUAAAGGCAAGGAGAUUUCACUCAAAUCUGGAAAUUUUUCGCUGCGAGUACGCUCGGAUAAGUCAACGCAGAAAACCACCGCAAGUACCAGCCAGAGUGAUCGCCGUGCGGGUACCCAGAAAGGAUCGGGCAGGAAGGAGAGUUCUGACAUGAAGCGCGGGUCAAAUACCGCGCCGAAGGGUAGUGCGGGUCAUCAUCGUGAUGGCGAGCCACCACGUCAAGACAACCCUCGCCGAUACUAUCAAUAUCACCCGAAAGCUCAUUAUCGCAUUGUAUUCGAGGAAGUCUGCAACGCUCUCUAUCAGGAGACGUCGUUAAUCCCAAUCUUCAACUAUCUCUCCCAGACAGCUUUAGUUCUGAAGUUUCUUCACGCAGCCGGUUGGGUGCACCGUGAUCUCAGCACAGGUAACAUACUCAUCUUCGAUGGAAAGGUGAAGCUGGCCGACUUUGAGUAUGCGAAGCAGUUGGACGACCACUCCGACCCUCACGACAUACGUGCUGGAACUGCUGACUUUACAUCAAUCGAAGUUGAUCAGAAAGAGUACUUUUUCCGGCCGCAAAUGGAGGAGGUAGAUCCCGAGAAGAUGUUUGCAAUACUUAAAGCAGAGCGUGAGGGAUCCCAGAUUCUCCGGCAAAAUACUCAGCCGGACGAAGUUGCAUUUCGGUACAAUCCUCUUCAUGAUUUUGAAUCACUAUGGUGGAUUUCUGUUCAUUGGUUAUUCACGAAAUCAGUUAUCAAAAUUGACCAGGACGUCCCUCCACCUCACGAUCACCAGAAGCAACGAUUAUGGGCCGCACGCGUGUUUUAUUCGCUCGGUCAUAGACAAUCUACUUUGAGCACCAAUUCCUCUUUUCAAUCUGCAAUUGGCGGCCUAUCCCCGGUCCUCAAACUCUUUGGGAGAACGGUGGAAAUACUUAGGAUGCAGCUCAUAAGGCGCUAUACCGCAGUAGAAGUGGACUUAUCAAAGAUACCCAGCCGCGUGGCAGCGGGCGACAUACCUGGACAUUUUAUCUUGCUCUUCGGGGAACUUGGAUGUCGUAAAGGAGAUAUUCUACUUGGUCACCUUCCGGAUACCGACCCUGCUACGCCAUCCGUGCAACCUGAGCCAUCUGGCGUGCAGCCUCAACCUCCCGUGGGCCCCGCCCCUCCCAAAGAACAACCGAAACCAGAGGAUCAAACCAAGCGUUCCAAGGGGACGCAUCUAUUCGGGGAGCCACAUGCGGAGCAGCACUCUCGUGGGUCUCGCGUCAAGAAACUAGAAGGCACUCGGAUGCAGACCCGUUCGAUGACUGCCAACAAAAGAGCUGAAAACGCCAUUGCGACAACUCGCAAUGGGGAAGCCAUAUCUGCCAUCGUGCUCUACGACCUCAUCGGAAUGGGUGAGCAGCCAGUCACUCCGCCACGAUCUCAUAAGCCUCUUGAGACACAGUCUGAUACUCCCUUCGUUCAUAAGGCGACUCGCGACAUCUCGCAUUUAAGCGAGACGCUUCCUGCUAGUCGACAGACAGUCCUCGCUGAUCUGGGCGACGCGGUGCCCGAAGUCUCUGUCGCAUUCUUCUUCGAGAGUGUCUGUCCACGGAUAUCCUCGCAGGAUGAUUUACUUGUCGACAAGGUCUUGUCAAGGCUGACGACGGGUUCGAACAAGAUUAUCAAUGAUGAGACUGGUCGGUGGGCAGACUUCGUGAUAUCUCCCAGCGAGUCGUCGAAGCGCGAGGACCCAACAUUCAAACCACUAGAAGACUUGAUGAAGGCUAUUGGAGAUGCUGCUGUGGAUGAAGAUCCCGAUUUUCAAUUCAAUUAUGUAUUUGAGAAUUCCCCAUCCAUAUCACCUGCAUCAGACCACUGGAACUCCGCAUCGCGCCCCGAUGGAUAUUUUCGUGCCCGCAAAUUGGGGAAGGCCCUUGCGCCGAAUCCUCACUGGAAAGAUAUUGUAUUGAGUGCAGAAUAUAAGAAGUAUACUAUGAACGAGACUAGAGAUGACGUGGUAAGCAAGGUCAUUUGGGGGAUGCACCACUCCUUUCGGGAAGAUCCGCGGAGGCGAUUCACUUUCGGGCUGACAAUUGAAGACUCGGAAAUGCGGCUUUGGUAUGCGAGUCGGGCAGAUGUGAUGGUUACACAAGCAUUUGAUUUCUUAACGGAUCAUAGAACCUUGAUCCAUUUGGCACUAGCAUUUUUGAGUGCCGAUGCUCAGGAUGUUGGGUAUGAUCCCACCAUGAAGGCCCUCGUCGAUACCAAGGGCAAUUCUCUGCUCGACGCUCAAGAUAAGCCUCGAUUCGACAUCACAGUACAUGCAGAAGAUGGUACCGAGGUCAUUUUCCGUACCACGCGCCUGCUUUCUUUCAUCGGUACGGCUGCGUUGCAAGGACGUGGCACCCGCGUGUGGGAAGCCAAGAGGGUCGAGCACGGUCGGGAGAGUGGAGAUUCCGUUGUGCUGAAAGAUUGUUGGGUCGACUCCGACCGAUUACGAGAAGGAACAAUCAUGAAGAUGAUCCGGGAGUCUAAAAUCAGCGAAGAAGGACGGAGGGUUCUUGAUGAGCAUCUCCUGACAGUUGUCAGCCAUGGGGAUGUUCGCAUGAGGGGCAAUUUUGUUGACCACACUCGAGAGUUGAUGACGCAAGGCAAGGAGAUAUCACUUAAGUCUGGUACCUUUUUGUUGCGGACGCGUCCAGUCAAUGUGGCACAGGAGACAACAAAUGGAACCACUCAAGACAAUCGUCGUUCAGAGACUCAACGCGCAUCGGGCAGUAAGCCAGGCUCCGGUCGCUCGGACGCGAAGCGCAGAUCGAAUACUGCGCCAAAGGGCGAUGCGGGUCAUCAUCGUCAUGACGAACAAGGGUCCGUAGUGGAGCAUCAUCAAUACUACCAUUAUCAUCCAAAAGCGCACUAUCGGAUCGUUUUUCAAGAAGUCUGCACUGCACUUCACUACGAAACAUCGCUAUUCCCCAUCUUUGGAUAUCUUUCUCAGACUGCUACAGUGCUACGGUUUUUGCACGAGGCCGGCUGGGUACACCGUGACUUAAGUACGGGGAACAUUUUGAUAUACAAUGGCAGAGUCAAACUGGCCGAUUUUGAAUACGCAAAGCGACUUGGUGCCGUGGCUUCACAUGAGAUUCGAACUGGUACAGCUGAUUUCAUGGCCGUGGAAGUUGACCUCCAGAACUAUUACUUCAAAGAGCGGCAUUUGAACCUCGAUAUUUACAAGUUUGCAGCGGCGUAUCCUGUCACCAGAGAGCAAAGCGUACUCCCUCCUGCUGAGUCGAUGCCGGUUGCAUUCCGAUACAACCCCCUUCAUGAUUUCGAGUCGCUCUGGUGGAUGUCCGUGUAUUUCCUACUCAACAAAAAGAUUCGACGUGUAGAUCAAAAAAAUCCUCCACCUCACCAAUACGUUCAACAACGAAUUCGGGCCGCGGAGAUUUUCUAUUCGUUGGCUAGUCGGAAGUCAGCUUUGAGCUGGGAGCCUGAAUUUCAGUUUGUGAUCGAGAGCUUAUCUCCAAGCGUGCACAACAUUGGUGAAGCUGCCAACGUGCUCAGGUCUUCCCUUGUGGCUCGUUACAGAGAGAUAGAGAGAGAUACUGAAAACAUCGGUCAUACGGCAGCAGGUACUAUUCACGAGGACUUCGCUGUCAUCUUUGGCGUGGUUGCGCGAACCCCUGGGGAAAUUCUCAUCGGCCCUCUCCCACGGAAAGGUUCUCGCAAAAAAGUUACUGGAAGCAUUGAGCACCAGGCUGAGCAGUCUCGGGAACCAAAGAAGGCCCUGAGUCAGGGUUCCAAGGAGGGUGACGCCGCUCCCAACCCACUCGAGCGACCGCAGGCGCAGAGACUCGAGUCCGGUACGAGAAUCAAGCGGAUGGAAGGGCUUCCACCUCCCAUGCAGACUCGUUCGAAAACCAGACAGCUUGCUGCAAGCGCAAAGGCGGACUUUGAAGGGACAUGA